GGGUGGAAAGCAACGGGGACUUAACAGCGCGUUAGGAACAAGCGUUAGUAACAGGCGUGCAAGCCACAAAAACAACAAGAGCGUCGCCUUUCUUCCUCCUGCCUUCUUCGCCUUCUCGUCCACAUUUCGACGGCUUUUUUUCUCGAUUUCUCACGGCUCAACCCGAAUCAGUGCAAUCUCUUUGGAAAAACGGCAAACGCUGUCUCCUACCUAUACUUGCUGAGCUCUGGUAUCCUCCAAGUCAUAGUGGUCAUCAUCACACUUAGCCCAGCCCCUUGUAUCCCCAUUUUCUACCGUUUGCACUCCCGUCACCUUUUUCACAAAAUGACAACCCCACCACCAACCCCGCUCCCGCUCCCCGCCCGCCUCACCCUCUUCACGACCGCCGUCCGCCUCGUCUUCGACCGCUGGACCGCCCUGCAACUCGCCCUCGACCACCAAAUGGCCGGCACAUCCACGCCGCAACGAGCCACCGAGCUCCUCGAACACACGCUCGAUUUCUUCACGCAGUACAAGUCCGACGUGGAGGCGCACGAGAUCGCCGAGAACCUGAAGGCGUUCUUCAACGAGAUCUUCAACGCGGAGUUGGAUGAUGGGAGUCCCGAGCAGAUUGGUCGGACGCUGGUGAGGUGUUGGAGGGAGGUGGUGGAGGAGGGUGACGCGACGGGCGUGGAGGAGAUGAGGCGGAAGGCGGAGCAGGCGAGGACGAGGAAUGCGGGGAGGCAGAGUCAGAGUCAGAGGCAUCCCAGUAACGAGGACAGUAGUAGUAGUGACGAGGAGAGUGAUGGGGACGCGGAGGUUGUGGCCGAGGCGGGGGCCACGGGAUCGAUAAAUAGAGAUGAUGGAGGUGCGGCACCGAUGGAGGUUGAUGAGGAACCCGCUGCGAGGAGACCGGAGCCGGUGGUGGAUGAGGAUGGGUUUGAGUUGGUGCAGAAUACGAGGAAGGGGAGGAGACGGAAUUGAGCUCACACUGGGAGGUUAUCAUCAUCAGCAUCAUUUUCAUAUAUAUUGUACGUAGGUAUUCUACAUAUCGCAUACCGAGUGAACCAUCAGACAACUCACAAUCCCCUUCUAUAUAAACACCUACAGAUUUACGUUCAAUUCAUCACAAAUCAUCACCUCUGUGCCUCACGUCUAUCACACCCCCAAAGCCUCCAUCCCACUCCCCAAAGUCGCAACCGCCG